AUGGCUUCAACCGAGAAGCACAGACCAAACACUUCUAUACUUAAAAAUACAGUUGAAACGAAACAUAUAAAUUCGGCACAUGCGAAUAUAAUUGAUACAAAGGCUGUUAGAAAUGGACUUCCUGACUACACCGGAAAACCAUUUUAUAUGGAUUUAGAACUUUCCUCGGAACUGAAUUCUUUGCCUUAUAGCUCAUCAUCAUGCUCUGGCUCCAAGCUUCAACUUUGUAUAAAUCAAACGGAGAACAGAUCACAUCCAAUUUUAAAAUCAAGCCCCGAAUCAGAUAUCGUGUUGAAAAGUUCUCCUUCUUUUUCUAAUAUUCCAAGCUCACCUUUCGUGGAAGCUGAAUUCAGUAAUGAGAAUACCGAUAAUGAAAGCUGUCAAUUAGAUGAUGCCCAAUGUAUUUCUUCGUUUACCUCAAUUUCUAUUGCUAGGUCUAGAAAUUCAGAACCAGAGGUUCAAUCUGUGAAAAAGCAUGUUGCAAAGACUCUCUUAAGGAAUAGUUCAUCAUUAUCCGAUCAGCAACCACAAAAAAAGAGGCAGAGAAAAUCAAAAUUUAAGGGUCAUAGGGGGUCGAGUAGCAACGCAUGUGAAUUUGCACUGGAUAGAGAAGGUAAAGUGUAUGGAAUUAAAUUGGCACAUGACGCAUUUCCUAAAGGAUACAGUCCCAGAAUGUACGAAGACCCAACUUUUUUUGUGGUUAAGAAUAGUAAGGAGAUAAAUAGCAGUGCAAGAGAUAUUAUUCUCAACUCUUUUGAUAGAGAUCCAAGAGCGGAAAUCUACGAGGAUUACAGAAUAAAUUUGGAUGAAUACAACCUCCAGUCUCUACCAGACGAAAUUAACGAUUUCCGGGAUUUAGUGAUCUACAACAAAAAGGGGGAGAUUUCAAAGCCCAACCUUCAUGUAUUUGCCUCAAAUAACAAGCUUAGAUCAAUUUCUCCACGUUUGUUUGAUAUAGGUGGGCUUGAAACUCUUAUAAUAAGGGAUAAUAAGCUUGCACGUAUACCUGGAGCGAUUGGUAAUGCCAAAGAUCUUAGAUCAUUAAACGUUGCUCAGAAUAAAAUCAAAUUCUUUCCCCACACCAUUUUAGGCUUGCAGCAACUUCAAUUUAUUGCGAUUAGACCAAAUCCUCUCAUAGAGUUAGAUAAGGACUGUCCUGAGAUCCGCAAAAUAGAUGUUGAAAAAUGUCGCAAGAAUGCCAAAUUCGGUUUACCGGAUCGCUUCCUUAGAUAUGUUGGAUAUCUACACUGGACAACACGCAAUACACAAAUUAGUACUGCGACAGCGGUUGCAAUGAAACUUUCUAGGUCAAAUACAGAGACAAGCGGCACUGUCAAUACAGAAUCAGAGUUUUGGAAUCCAUUGACAGACGAGUCCAAACUUGCGAGAGAUCAAGAGCAGAAGUAUGCUUGUGAAAAUGCUUCAUGGUGCCCCAAACUUGCGGAACUUGUGCUUCGGAAAGUUUCACAAUACCUAAUCUCACAGUCGGAGAUUACAAAAUGGAAGAAAACAACCAAUGAAAGAGUCUAUAAGAUGGCAGUGAAGGCACUGAUACAUGGCUCUAAUGGUGAAAUAUGUGGAUUUUGCCACAAACCGGUCACGGAACCGGUUGCGGACAUCAUGGAAUGGUGGGAUUUUAAAGACUGCAGUCUUUUGCCGAUUAAGCGGCCAUUUUGUAGUGGAGAAUGUGCACAUUUGUGGUGGAGGGAGAUCGAGCCACUGAUGGAAGAGAAAUCGACCAUGCAAACUCGCAAGAGGAAGUUCUACAUCAACAAUAAGAGCCCAAGAUUUGGUUGA